UCGGCACGCAGAGUGUGGACAUAACCUGGGACAAGCAGCGUAUGCCCUAUCUGUGUUGAUUUCAUCGGUUUGCAACUGACAGUGCGAUCUGCUCGGCUGUUUUCAGAGGCAAUACCACUGGCCAUACCCUCACGGACAAUGGCAAAACACAGGUCCAGCUACUGGCUCGGCAUCUCAGGGACCGUGGCCUUCGCUUCACCCGUGUAUUCUCGUCCGACUUGGAUCGAGUUACGAUGACCGCCGAGGGUAUCUGUCAACAACAGCUCGAGGGAGGCAUCUUGACUCCGGUUCAAAUAUCGGAGCUGAGGGAGCAGUCCAUGGGAUGGUUGGAUGACACACGAUGGCGACCUGGCGUCCCUGCAUCGAGUGUCAGUUCGCCGGAUUCUUUGCGUGGAGGGCAGCCAACCUACACAGAUGAAGAGUCCAUGGCCUCGAUGAGAUCUCGUGCAAAUAAUUUUCUUGAAAAUGAACUUCUACCAUUGGUAGAGGGCCCAUCGGGCGAUGAUGAGGUGGUUGCCGUGGUUGCUCACGGAAUGAUCCUCCAAGUCCUUUGGGUUUGUCUUGCUGACUUGUUCAAUUCCGAGGAUAUCUCCCUGGCACCGGGUGUCAGCCAGUCUGACUUUGGGGAUUAUAUCCGCCCGGUCUGGUCCAACACGGGAAUCAUGGAAAUUGCCAUCCAGAAACGCCCACCGGCAGCAAAGUCGGUUCGUGAGGCUACGCAGCCCUCGGUGUUUCUCUUUGGGACUAUCCAGCUUUCUAUCCAAGAUGACUCGAAGGCGCCACUAUCGGGCUGGUACCUGAUUGUUCUGUCAGUGGAUAACACGCUCCAUCUUGAAAAUGAACAGCAAGUUGGUCGCACAAGGUGGACUGUUCAAGAAACAGUGCCUGAAUCCCGACAAGAUUCUAUGGAUCAAUUUUGCGGACUAACAGGGACAGCUUGAUCUUGCAACCUUUCUACUCAAUGGUAUGUUUACUUUUUCUCUCUUUCUAUCCUCCUUCACUAGCCCGUCUUCCCCAUCAAUCCUCUACAAUGAUGAAGCAAGAUUUCACACAGACCUGUUCCGAGUUAUUUAUCGUGCGGAUCAACAAUCGUUCCAACUGCUGUCUGAAUUAGAGUGAUACACUUUACCUAUAUCCUUGCCACUUCCAUACUGCCAGCU